AUGCGCGCAUCUUCUAUGCUACGCAUCGAGUCCUCAAAACUGUUCUGGGCACACCCAAGCGCCUCAUUCCUUCUAUCUGAUACCUGGCUUUUAGGAGGUGGGCACGCCGGCCGUACUUGCCACGACCUGGUAUUUCUUGGCUAUGCACAGAACGUAGAAAUUGAGAUCAACUGUCUGCACGAUAAGCUUUGGCCGGAGCACGAAGUGGAUGAUCCGUCGCGUUCUAAAGACAUGCGGCAGGAUGUGGUGGAAACUAUGUGGACUGCUUUGAGAAAAGGAUGUCCAAGAGUUAAGAAGGUAGUGUUCAACCAGCAGAUAAUGUCUGGGACGGACGUAGAGGGAACUGGAAAUGUGCCAGAAUGCUUGGAAGUGUUGAUACGAACUUGUCCGAAAGAUAUUGUUGCCGAAGCAUUCAUCGUGGAGGAACGAGAAGGACGACAUUGGAAUAAUGGCACGUACAGCAACUUUUACAAAGUAGAAUGCAGGACAGCACAUUAUCGGCCUUUGGAAGGUGGGAGCUGGGAGGAGCUCGAGCCAACAGCCAAACAAUACGCAGUGCUGGUGCCUGGACGAUUGUUUCGCGGUCCAGUUGGGCACUUUGAAAAAAACUACUUUCUUUUUCGAAGAAGGGUCGUCCAGGAAUACGCAUUCUGGCCUCUCGCCAUUGAAGCUUUGGACCGACACCACUUCGAUGAGGGGAGGAACAAUGCUUUCCAAUGCCCCAAAGCAGACUGCGACGUGGUAUUUACGAAACCUGGUGAAUGGACAAUACAUGCAGCGACUACGAAGCAUGGUUGGGCCCGAGUAGAGGAUGAUUUAUUCGACAUACUACCCACAGAAUUGCGAACUGUAUUUGAGGCAAAGUACAACCAGAUGGAGGCUAAGAGGGAGGAAUUGAGCGAGGAGUCCAUUAAAACGUUCAACAAUUGGAACGACGGAGGAGAGGAGAAGAGAAAAGAGAUGGAACAAGAGUUCCUUCAGCAACUAGAGAAUGAUAAAGAUUGGGCGACAGGGGAGCAGGCGGUGGAACAUCAGAUCUGGAAGAACUUUAUAAAAGCGAUGGAUCCUACAUGGAAUGGACAGUGA